AUGUCGCAGACCUAUUUUGUGAUACUACAACAUAGUGAGCGCGAAGGUUGUCAAAUCGGAAAUGCCAAAUUGGAGCAUUCAUUGCUUGCUUAUCAUUUUAAGGACCCAUUUGUCGACGUCGGCGGGAAAAAAUGCCCGAAUAAUGAUUGUAAUGUUUCGUAUACAUUCGUUUUAUCUGAAAGCGAAUACGAAAGAUUAAGCGCCACAGUCUGCAAGCAGACGAAUGCAAACGCAAUUCACUGUAGAAGCAUUCGACACAUGUUUAAAGCAGUUUGUGAGCCUUCGACGGAACAAAUUGGUCUUCAAACUUUUCCUGAUGUAUUUAGCAAAACAAUUUCAACACAGACUAACCAGGCCAGUUAUGUAUGCGCAGCGACGCAGUGGGAAAAAACCGAAAUGGAAAAUACUUCAAUAAGACAAGAGCCGACGGAAAUGGUGAAAGAAAAUAAGGAUUUGAUGGAUAAAGAGGAAUCUGAAGAUUCGGAAAGGUCAGAUUAUAUGGACUCAUCUGACUGUUCGCGCUACCCGGAAGAUUCAUCUGACUGUUCCGACCACUCGAACAUCCGACCGGAAUGUUCGGAGGCCUCAAAGGAAAAAUCCAAAGAUGACGAACAAGCCGUGAAGGAAGCACCGAUUACACCAAGAACCCCGUUUUCUCGCAUGUCUAUUUUUGAUACCAACAGCAAUUCGCUGAAAAGGGAGUUUCAAACGCCUUCAUCAAAGAGUGCGGAUAGCUCAAUUUCGGAAGAAGGAAAUUCUGUGUUGCCGAUAAAGCGAACUAAACCGGAUUCGCUAUCGCUAUACGAUUGCUAUGAUUGCAAGAAAUGCGGCUGCAUGAUCCCAAUGUUUUCAGAGUUCCAGGUUUAUGUGCACAUUCUUGAGGAGCACAUGAAUAUGAAACGCUAUGUUUGUAAAAGUUGUGGAUUGAGAAUUUCGACGAUUCAGGAAGCUUUGGAUCAUCAGAAACGCCAUGGUCCGAAUUCGAUUAAAGAUGAAUGGAACUUCGAUUAUGUGAAAAGAUUGGAUUGUGUUAGUCGGCAGACAUUCCCAGAAUUGUUCAAAAACUCGUUGGCUGUUGAUUAUGUGGAUGUGAAGGACAGCCUCAACAACGAAGGCAUGAUCUCGGUGUUCCCGAAAUGA